UCCCUCUCCUGAUAAUCGUGGCUGCCUAUAAAUAUAUCUAUGCCAUCUCAAUUUCUAACAAAACACCCUAAAUACAUAUAUCCAUCUACCUUCUAAUUUCUAUCAAAGCCAGAGCAAAUAUGGGGCGGGUACCUUUCUUUCUCAUUUUCUUCCUCUUCCUUUCUCUGCCUAAUUCAUCUCUCUCUUCUUUUUCUUUUAACUCAUCUACGCCUCUUUGCCUUUCCGACCAAAGCUCUGCUUUGCUCCAUUUCAGAAACUCUUUUUUUGUUGGCGAUUCUGAUAACAAUUGUGAUUAUCCUCCGAAGAAUUCGUGGAAAAUGGGUACAAAUUGUUGUGGGUGGGAUGGGGUCACCUGUGAUACGAUGACAGGUCAUGUCAUUGCUGUCGACCUCAGUUGCAGUCGCCUUGUAGGUCCCAUCCAUCCCAAUAGCACCCUUUUCUCUCUUCGCCAUCUCCAGCGGCUCAACCUCGCUUACAACGAUUUCGUUGACUCUACAAUUUCAUCUAAGUUUGGUGGCUUUGCGAAUAUGACGCAUCUCAACCUCGCUUACUCCUCCGUUGCUGGUAAUUUCCCAUCCGAAAUCUCCCACUUAUCCAAACUGGUUUCACUUGAUCUCACUUUUAAUUCUUUCAUGAGAAUUGAAACACGUAGUCUGAAAAGGCUUGUUCAAAACCUAACCCAUCUAACUGAACUUGUUUUGGAUUUUGUUGACAUGUCUUCUGUUUCACCUAAUUCUUUCAUGAAUUUGUCUUCCUCUUUGACAUCUCUUCGUCUUUCUGUCUGUGGAUUGAAAGGGAGAUUCCCAAAUAAUAUAUUCCACCUCCCAAACCUCCAGCUGCUCGAUCUAAGUUACAACAACAAUCUCACCGGUUCCCUUCCAACGUAUAACUGGAGUACUCCUCUCAAGUCCUUGCAUCUCUCUGGAACCGAAUUCCCAAUCGACUUACCUAAUUCAGUCAGCAAUCUCAAGUCCUUAAAAGAAUUGUACAUUGGUGGAUGCAAUUUCAUAGGUUCAUCGUCUCCAACAUUUCUUUCAAAUCUCACACAAAUAACUUCCUUGGACCUUUCAUAUAAUAACUUUGGUGGUCAAUUUCCAUGGUCCCUCCUAAACUUUGAAGUACUCACUUACUUAGAUCUCUCAAACAACAAUUUCAUAGGUCAACUUCCAGAUCUUUCUUUAAACUGGACACAAGUUUCUUCUUCAAACAGUUCUUCUUCAAACAGUUCUUCCAGUAGUCAGUCAGUCAGUCAAAUUCCUUCCAAAUUGGUACGUCUCUCUUUAUCUCAUAACUUACUGAAUGGCACUAUACCAUCUUGGUUGUAUGACAUACCAUCUUUACAUGAAUUAUCUCUAGACAAUAACCGAUUCACUGGACAGAUUGAUGAAUUCCAGCAUAAUUCUUUAUAUUAUCUUGAUUUGGGUAAUAACAACCUACAUGGCCACAUUCCAAUCUCAAUUGCUAAACUUGUGAGCCUUAACCAUCUAAAUAUUUCCUUCAAUAAUAUUAGUGGUCCUCUAGAGUCAAGCAUGUUCUCAAAGCUCAAAACUCUCCAAACAAUUGAUCUUUCACAUAAUCCUCUGUUAUCAUUCAGCAACUAUAGCAUUGUAGACUAUACUUUGCCCAAACUUUGGGAUUUGCAUUUGUCAUCUUGCAAUAUAAGUGACUUUCCGGAUUUUAUAAAAUCCAUGGAAAGUUUAGCAUAUUUAGACCUUUCCAAUAACCAAAUCAAAGGCAAUAUUCCGAUGUGGUUGUUGGAGGUGGGGAAGAAUUUGCAUGUUCUUGAUCUUAGUCACAAUUUUCUUCAAGGACCACUUCCAAUACCUCCGUCGAGCAUUGAAUUCUUUUUAGUCUCAAGGAAUAAUUUUAGUGGAAACAUACCUUCCUUGAUUUGUAAUAUCACUUUCCUCAAUGUCCUUGAUUUGUCUCAUAAUCACUUGAGUAACAUGGUUCCUUUGUGUUUGGGAAACUUUAGUCAUUCUCUCACAGUCUUAGAUUUGAGAAGUAACAAACUUAAUGGCACCAUUCCAGCAACUUUUGCAAAGGGAAACUACUUGAGAAGUCUUAACCUCAAUGACAAUCAAUUGGAAGGGUCAUUGCCAAGAUCGUUGAUCAAUUGCCGAAGGUUGGAAGUUCUAGAUCUUGGUAACAACAAGAUAAGUGGCACCUUCCCUCAUUGGUUGGAGAGUCUUCCAGAGUUACGGGUUCUUGUUUUGCGAUCAAACAAGUUUCAUGGUGCCAUAGCCAAUCCCAAAACCAAAUUCUCUUUCCCUAAUUUACGAAUCAUAGACCUCUCUCACAAUGAAUUCCAUGGUCUUUUGCCAACAAAAUAUUUCAAUCAUUUUAAAGCCAUGAUGAGCAUGAAUGCAAAUAAUGGUAAAUUGAAAUAUAUGGGUGAUAGCUAUUAUCACGAUUCUGUGAUGGUCACCAUGAAAGGAUUUAAUAUUGAAAUGGUGAAAAUCCAAAAUCUCUUUACAACCAUUGAUUUCUCAAACAAUAGUUUCAGGGGGGAGAUUCCAAAGUCAAUUGGAAUGCUUAAGUCACUCAAGGGGCUUAACUUUUCGCACAAUAGCCUUAUAGGUCAUAUGCCUCCAUCAAUGGGAAAUUUGAGAAAUCUUGAAUGGUUAGAUCUCUCCUCAAACAUGCUCACAGGGGAAAUUCCAGGACAAUUAGUAGAUAUUACAUCGCUUGAAGUUUUAAAUCUAUCAGAAAAUCAUCUUGUGGGGAUGAUACCACGAGGUAAUCAAUUCAAUACGUUUGAAAAUGUUUCUUACUUUGGAAACUUGGGGUUAUGUGGAUUUCCAUUGACAAGAACUUGUGACAAUGUUGAGGGACAACUACCAUUGCCAUCAUUAACCAUUCAGGACAAUGAUUUCAAGUUUGUAAAUUGGUUUCAUUGGAAAGUUGUAUUGUUGGGGUACGGAUGUGGAUUCAUACUUGGAUUAGGUUUGGGUUAUCUUGUGUUAUCAAGUGAAAAACCGAAAUGGCUUGUUAAUAUUGUUUAUGGUGAACGAUGUAACAUGGUUCAAAGAUCCAAAAAUAAUGCUCAUGGAAGAACUCGUUGAAGAAAAAUUGGGUGGAUGCAAGUUCUGAUUUAAGGGCUGUAAUGCUUCGGUCCUCCUGGAUGCCAGCAAUGGUGAUGAAAACCAUUCCACCGAGAGGCAGGCCAUACCCGUUCUGACCUUGAGGGGUUUUGAUAAAAUUGAUUCCAUCAAGGAGGAGCUUGAAAAGGCUUAUCCAGGGUAGUUUCAUGUGCUAAUAUUGUUUCUAUUGCCACUAGAGAUGGCAUUAUGCUGGCUAGACAGCAUUCUUUCAUAUUUCAACAGACACCUAAUCUUAGGCAUCUUGGCCUCUUUGAUUUCAGCAUUCCUUGCCAUUUGCGCAGCUUGAUGUUCUUUGAAUGAUCUUAUUUCUUUCUCUUUCUUCUCUCCCAAAUCAACAAAAAAGGAAAUCUACUGAAAGGUGCCAAGGGGCAGUGACGACACUGACCGAGAUUCCAUGACCAGAUGAUAACAUAACACAAACACUUACCUUUUUGCCCAUAGAGGUUUUGAUGAAAAAGAAACUGUACACACAACAUUGGGAAGGUUGACUAUGAAUUCAUACAGAAACGCUUCUCUGACUUCAAGGGGACCAGGCAGCCUGACCCAACAAUAGAUCCUGAUUUUCUUCCUGAGAUGAGAAUGAGGUUCCAAGACAGUAAUGGGACCACCACUCAGCCUUCUUCUUCGUCCAUGGCAUCAUUGGAAUUGAGUGAGUUUGCAGUGGGGAUGUAGAGACCCAAAAAGAGGGUCCUGCAAUCCAUGGAUCUCAAGGUCAAGUCCAACGAAACCGCUCCUUGCUUUUGAAGGUUUUGGUAUGCUUUUUGUUAUGUACAUUUAAAGACAAUGCUAUAGUUGUGGAUCCAUUCCCCGAAUCUAACCCAUCAUCUUCAAUCAACAGGUUAGGAGUGCUGCUGAUCAACCUCUGAUUUUCUGAGAGAGAGAUUGUUUGAUGCAAACUCAAAUUUCCAAAAAUUUUGAGAUUCGUGACUGCUGUCAAAAAACCAAUUUUAGAGGCUGGUGGCCCUUUCUGUCCAGUGUCAACAGGCCGGAGGGACAGCACUCAUAUUUCAAUGAAGGACUGGCUGAUAUUCCAUGACCUGGUUAUAAUAUAACACAGACACUACACCUUUUUACCCGUUAGAGGUUUUGAUGAAGAGCAACACUCACUUUUCUAGUUUCUUGAUCAUCUGAAGGUGCAUACAACAUUGGGAAGAUUGGUUGUGAGUUCAUACAGAAACUCCUCUCUGACUACAAGGGGACAGGGCAGCCUGACUGAGAUGAGAAUAAGGUGCCAAGACAGUAAUAGGACCACCAUUCAGCCUUCUUCUUAACCCAUGGAAACAUUGGAAAUGAGUGAGUUUGCAUGAAUUCACAGCCAAUCAUUAAAGGGGAGAGGACUUCUUUUUGCUGAUCAGCAGUUUCUGGCUAAUGAGAAGAUCGCAAGACUUGUAAGGGCUUAUGCUUUAGAUGACGGGUCAACCUCCUGAAUGGACUUUGCUUGGGCAAUGAUGAAGAUGUCAUGGCUUAAUGUUCUGACUGGAUAUCUAGGUCAGGUCCGAUGGAACUGCUCCUUGCCUUUGGUCAGUUCCUAAGCGACAGUCUUGACCAUAGUGAAAUCUUGACAUCUUUAUUUUUUCAUAUAAGCUUCUCUUUAAGUUCAAUGUUUGAUUGGCAGUGACUUCUACGUUUCUUACGUGUACUAAUUUGAGUCUAUAUAUAGUGGCAAUGGCAUGGAGUAGAAAUAUGCUAUGGCUGUUGAGGUCUUUAGAAAUAUAGAAUUCCGUUUGGAUUGUUACCAAAAGCUAACUAAUAUUUGGGGAGCUCAUAAUGUAGUAAUUUUAAUUGGGGCCUUGGAGCAUUCACCUUA